AUGCCAAUCGACUGGAAGUCGCAAGACAGCUACCAGCGCCUGCUGGCCGCGCUGGUCGCCGCCAACGACAACAGCAUAGACUACAAGAAGGUCGCCUACUACUUCGGCCAGGGCGCGACCUACGACUCGAUCGAGGGCCGCUUUCGCAUCGCCAAGCGCAUGGCCAACGACCUCAAGCGCGAGGCCGAGGACGAGGGCCGCCAGAUGCCGACCAGCAGGGUGCGGAGCACCAACAGCACGCCGCGCAAGCCCAAGGCGCCGCGGCCCGCCGCGAACACGGCCGAGUCGUCGUCGCAGCACUCCGUCCUGUCCGGCCGUAUCGAAAAGUCGACUGGGACGCCCUCCAAGAGGAACCGCAACAGCGCCGCCGCCGCCGCCAGCGCCGCAUCCGUCAGCAAACCCCCCGCGAAGCAGGAGCAGGAGCCGGAACCGCAGACGCCGAGGUCCAUGGAGGCGUCCGAGGACAGCCAGCAGAGGCUCUCGCCGGACCCGUUUGAGAAGGCGUUCCAGCAUAGCUUUGACGACGCACUGCAGCGGUCAUUCUUCUUCGACGACUAUGACGAUGCCGUCUGA